AUGCGCAUAAUGCUGCUAAAAACUCAUCUUCAAACUUUGAAGAAAGGUGCUAUGACGAUCUCGGAGUAUGUUGUACAAAUGGAAAGUGUCUCUGACACUCUUGGUCUUGUUGGCUACACAGACUCUGAAGACGAUCUAAUUAUGCAUCUUCUCCAAGUUUUACCUGCUAAGUACGAUGCCACAAUCUCCAGUAUUCUCACUCAAACCACUAGAUCUUUCAAUUUUCAGGAGGUCAAAUCUCUCCUUCUCAGCCAAGAAAACAGGCUAGAGAUGUGGUCUGCUACUCAGACUUUGAAGAUCUCCAAUCCCUCUGCCAAUUUUUCUCAAGCAAAUCAACGCUCCCAAGGCGGUAAUAACAACCGAGGUCGUGGCAAUGAUGGCCACUACAACAACCGCGGUUGUGCCUCUAAUCCAGGGAACUCAAAGCCUGUCUGUCAGAUAUGCUCCAAAGCAGGUCACACUGCAGUGGUGUGCUGGUAUUGCAAUGAAGAUGAUGUUCAGGAAGAGGCAUCUUCACCAGUCAAUGCUUCUCAAACCAAGGCAGCCUUCUUGGUUACUCCAAAAGUUGUGGCAGAUCCAGUGUGGUAUGUUGAUAGUGGAGCCACUGACCACAUAAAUGCUGAUGUUCAAAACCUCUAG